UUGCUGCCGUUUGCCAGUCGUCAACGUCGUCAUCAGCGUCGUCGUCGCCGUCGCUGCUUCUGUUUUCGUAGUCGUUGUCGUCGUCGUCGUGCGUUUUUUUUUGGUGGCAACUAGCUACUCGCUGCUUGCUGUUGCAUGCAACACCCCUCUACGCACUCGUUGCUGUCGCUGCUAUUGCUGCCGCUAAAGCUGCUGCUGCUGCGACAUAUCCAACAGAUACUUUUUGAAUAGGUUUUCAAUUCAGCCACGUCCUGUUACGGAUGCAGACGCGUUGUGUUUCCGUUUCAACAAAAAGCAAACAACAAAACGAAAAAAGUUGAUCGACUUCUUUUUUGCCAUAGACAACAACAAAAACAACAACACAACAGCAACAACAACACGACUAUUUAGCCUAAUUACGCGCUGGAUUAAAUUAUUAAAAACAUUAAAGCCGACGCGGAUUUAGAAGCAACACAGCCGGUUUGCCGACAAACGAUUCUUUCUAUCUACACACACAUACGCAUGAUUGUAUGCGUCUAUCGUGAGUGUGUGUGUGCGUGUGUGUCGGAGUGUGUGCGUGUCGUGUAUGUGUGCCGAGUGUGUGUGCGUGUGUGUGUGAAGAGUCGGCUAUAAUAGCAACGACGUCGCAUUAAAAACAUAUCCAUGAGUUACUUAAAAUUAAUCACUAACAUAAUCACUGUGAUUUUUAUUUGAGCUACGCGUGUGCAACAAAAAUAAAGAUACAAAAUACAAAAUAAAAAAGUAAAAAAGUAAAAACAAAGUGUUGCCAAUUUGUGUGCAAACUAUAAAAAGCGUUUAAAUGUUUUAGCCAUAAAUGAAAGAAGCAGAAAAAUAAAUGAAAACAACACACACAGCCAACAAAUACACCCAAAACAAAUCUGUUGCAACAACAACAACAACACCAACAACAACAAUAUUAAAACGCUAAACGAAUUUCUGGUAUCUGUAAUUUAUCAAUAAGUUCAACGACAAGUUUUUCCCAAAACAAAAAAAGAUUUAUUACCGACGCAGACGACGCAGCCCACGCGACAUUUCUGAAAUCUUGAGUAUUUUCACAAUGAAUUAUCAAAUGAAUGCAAUCUGAUUUAUUGCCAAGUGCACAACAUUUGACCCACAUUAAAGUGCCAACAAUCAUCCAAAAAACGAACAGAGUUCAAAUCGGAAGAGCAGCAAACAACAAAACAGCAAACCCAAACCCAACCAAACUCACCUCUGGUGAUCAUUUCUAGCCGUCAAAUUGACGUCGCUAGCAAGUGGAUUAAUUUGAAUUUCUUUUCCAUCAGUUGGAGCAUCGCCGCGCGCUUCGCAGCCGCAGCGAUCUCUCAGAUACAGCCGCAACUUGGAUCUGCUUUCGCCACAGUUGGAAGAUACCGGCCUCAAGACGACGACAUUCUUGCAACAUUUUAAGGACGUCGUCACGACGAAGUUCAACGGCCGUGAUCAUCAUUUGCCGCCGCUGCAUCCAGCGCAUCCGGCGCACCACCAACAGACAGCGGGGCUGCACCACCACCAUCAGCCGCAUCAGGCUGUCGCCCAGAGUUUCUCCACCAUUUUUCCAACGUAUCUAGGCAUGGACCGCGCCGCCGCCGCCGCCGGUGGCUGUGGCGUGGUCACCAGUUCCGCCACCGCCUUGGGACCGGGCGGCAUCGGUGCCGGCGGUGGUGGUGGUGUUGGCGGUGGCCUCGUCAGCGGUGCCCUCAACGGUUUGGAGGCCAUGUCUGCUGAGUCGACGGGCCUCUGCCUGCAGGAUCUGGUUAGUGCGGGCACAGCGAAUGGUGCCGGCUCGGCGGGUUCGGCGGAAAGUGCCACCACUACGAGCACGGCGCUGAGCAGUGGCAGCUCGACGGUAAAUGGCGGUGGCAGCAGUGCAUCGGGCGCGGAUCAUUUGCACAGCCAUCACAGUCUGCAUGACUCCAGCUCAUCGGUCAGCAUCUCACCCGCCAUCUCGAGCCUGAUGCCCAUCAGCAGCUUGAGUCAUUUGCAUCACACGGCAGCCGGCCAGGAGCUGGUCAACACCUAUGCGCAGCAUCCGCAUCAUGGCGUCGUGCCACCACACACACCGAAACACGAGCCGCUCGAGAAACUCAGAAGCUUAUUCUUUUCAGUUUGGGCCGAAACCGGUGAUUUUCGUGAUAGUCAUAGCUCUAUGACCGCCGUAGCAAAUAGUUUGGAUAGCACACACUUAAAUAACUUUCAAACAACAUCAACAUCCACAUUAACAAAUCGAAGUCGGGAUCGCAAAGAUGGUAAUCGCAGCGUGAAUGAGACCACAAUCAAAACGGAGAACAUAUCAAAUUCCGGGCAUGAUGAGCCGAUGACAACCAGCGCCGAUGAGCCCAAGAACGAUAAGAAGAACAAGAGGCAGAGGCGACAGCGGACACACUUCACAUCCCAGCAGCUGCAGGAGCUGGAGCACACGUUCAGCCGUAAUCGCUAUCCGGAUAUGUCGACGCGCGAGGAGAUUGCCAUGUGGACCAAUCUGACCGAGGCCAGAGUUCGGGUGUGGUUCAAGAACCGACGGGCCAAGUGGCGCAAACGUGAAAGGAACGCAAUGAAUGCCGCUGUUGCCGCUGCGGAUUUCAAGAGUGGAUUUGGAACACAAUUCAUGCAACCGUUUGCCGAUGAUUCACUGUACUCAUCGUAUCCGUAUAACAACUGGACCAAGGUGCCAUCCCCGUUGGGCACCAAACCCUUCCCGUGGCCCGUCAAUCCAUUGGGCUCGAUGGUGACCACUAAUCAUCAUCAGAAUUCGGUCAAUUGUUUUAAUACGGGUGCCAGUGGUGUGGCAGUCAGUAUGAAUAAUUCCAUGUUGCCGGGCUCGAUGGGCUCGACGCUGACCAAUACGAAUGUGGGCGUGGCUGGUGCACCAUGUCCGUAUACGACACCCGCCAAUCCGUAUAUGUAUCGCACCGCCGCGGAGCCCUGCAUGAGCAGCAGCAUGUCCUCGAGCAUUGCCACGUUGCGCCUCAAAGCGAAACAACAUGCCACAGGCUUCAGUAGCCCCUAUUCGGCCCCAUCGCCAGUGUCGCGCUCCAAUUCGGCCGGUUUGUCCGCCUGUCAAUAUGGCGUGACGGAUGUUGUCUGAGAAAACGCUCUCGGUGCUCUGCUUAAUCAGCAUCAGCACCACUUGCAACACUUCUCCGGCCAGCACAAUGGCAAUGCCAUGCAACAGCAUCAAAACAACAACAACAACAGCAAUGGCAACAACCACAUGUUGCAGAACAACAACAACAAUAAUCUGCUGUUGGAUCAUAGCGACUUGGGUCUGGGCGGAGGCGGUGGCAACGAGGAGGGGGGCGUUUCGGUUGCCCACAAUGAUGACAACAACAAAUCGCCAUUGGGCGCCAAUGGUUUAAUUUCAGCUAGUGCAGCUGGUGGCGCCUCCAGCAACAACGACAACGGCGACGAUGUGGAUGAGGAGAUCAUCGAUUGAACUAAGUAAAUAUACAUAACAAAAAACUAUAUAUAUAUAUAUAAAAAAAAAAGCAAAAAAAAAUAUAUA